AUGGAGUCGCGGACGCAGUCCGGCACCCGGCGGCCGUCAUGUGGGCUGCUGUUUGCGCGGGGGCAUGGGCCAUUCGGAUUCAGCUCUACCAGCCAGCUGCUCACGCUGGCGCCGCGCUCCCAGGAAAACACGGAUCCCCAGAGAAUAGCAUUUCUACUGCGCAAGCACUGGACCUUAUACAGCGUGACCCCUCUGUACAGGUUCUCUAACGCUCAUCUGAGGAAUUACUCCAGACUGCUUAGUGCUUUCAUUGCUGCCGAGAGGCAGGAAGGAUGGGCGGUGGAAGUAGGGAUUGAGUUGGACAUCAAAGUGGCUAUCUCCAGCCUUCCAGACCUGAAAGGUAGUGACCAAGACCAUGCUGCAAUCCUUGUGCAGCUUUUUUCAAGAUCGCCAGUUUCCAAAAAAAGCUUAGAAGAGAAACUGAUAUGGUCAGGCUGUUUCUGCUGUGUGUGUGGAGAUGAUUUUCUCGAAAACAUGCCAGAGGACUUCACUUGUUUACCUCUGUUUCUUACUAAUGGGGCAGAGAGUUACACAGCCAUUGUUGGAAGUUGGUUUCAGAAGACAUUCGACUGCUGCUUCCAUCGUUUAGCCAUCAGCCCUCUCAAUCUCAGCUGGAUGGCAGCUAUGUGGACUGGAUGCAAAGUGGACAAAAUGGCAUCUGCCAUAGAACUCAUCUUCUCUGUCCCUGGUCUCCUCCAGCCUCUGGAUAUUUCAUAUGCUAUUCAUCCAGAGGAUGCAAAAGCUCUGUGGGACACAGUCCAUAAAACUCCAGGAGAGAUCACUCAAGAAGAGGUGGAUAUCUUUAUGGACUGCCUUUACUCUCACUUUCACAGACACUUUAAGAUCCGCUUGUCUGCUGCAAAACUGGUGAAAGUUUCGACAGCAAUUGCUUCAGCACACUGUGAUGGAAUUAUAGAGUUUCUACAAAGCCAAUACCUAAUUGGAGUGCUGAAGCUACUGACAGAACUAGCAAUCUCCCAGAUACAGUGAGAGUCACUUCAGCAAAUCUUCAUGCUGAAAAGGCUUACUGCUGGAAGAUGUAUGCUGAGAAACCAACUGGAAACUCGCUCCUGCAGCACCUUCUUUCCUUUCAUGCUGACUGUCCAAAGUUGGACUCAACUCCAGCACUCAACUCUAGCUGUAAUUCAACAUCAUGCACAGCAAAGACAAGCAGACAUUUUGCCCUGAAGAAAGGCUACAGUGCAAACUUCUAAUAGCUGUUGUUUUAUCAUAGUCUAUACCACUGUUUUAUAGUCACGCUGUAGAUUUGUGUUUAUAUAGCAGCCAGGGACUAGAAGAUGUAAAUUCUUGGAUGCAACUUAUUGACAGGUUAUUUCUGUUGUUCUAAAGAGCAAGUUGGUUUUCACUUAACUAGAUAGCCUUAAGCUAUACAGACCUUAGCUAAACUGUGAUGAUGCUUGGGCCAGUCUAAAUGCAAGCACAGCUGAGAAAGUGUGCAUGCUCUACAACCCAGGGCAGAAAAAUCCAGGUUUCUAACUUCCUUUUGAACUUGCUCUGGCCAGUUGGUAAUGGUCAUAAAGUGUUUAUCUAUGCCCUAGUUGGGCUAAGGGAAACAGCAGGAGACUGACAACUGCCUUGUGUGUCCCCCCUGUUGCUCCUUUCAGACACAUCUGUGCAUAAGCUAGGUAUUUACUAUGCUUUGCCUGAUGUUUGUCUUUGAUGUAGUCUGGUAUACUUUUAGGGUUGGACCUAUGGGUGCUACAGUUUUAUACUGGGUCUCUCCCUUCUACAGUAGGUAGAAGUUGAGAGAGCUACUACACAGUACCUGGCUCUAGCUUCAAUUAGCAGAAAGGAAGUAGAGGAAGUACAUGCUAAAUGUUACAAUGCUAAGUGUUAGGAUUUUUGUAUUAUAGUUCUAAUAAAGAAAAUCUGUCAUCUUUUGCCAGUAUAUGGGUCUUGAGUCAAGUGAAGGGUACCUAUGCCUCAUUAAAUAUAUACUUACAGGGGUGCUUGUCUUCCACUCUAGCUUACCUGACUAAACUACUGAUUGUUACUUAUUAAAUAAUUCUUUGAGCAGCAAAAUUUUAAAUUCUGGUUUCUUAUACAAUUCACUUGAAAUGGCUUCACACUUGUACAGCAGCUUUAAGGUCUGAUGAGUUUGUGCUGUUACCUUUCCCCUAAGCAGGGAUGCAAUUUUCCCUUCUUAGCCCAGCCACAUAAUUUUAGGAUUUGUCUGCUGUCACUGAAAACUUUCUUCAUUCUUCUCUGCAGCAAUACUGAGAUGAACUAGCUAUGCAAACAUGUAACAGUCUAACAUAACUAACUGCAUGCCUAAUUCCUAAUCUACUUAAUUAUUUCUAGAAUCAGCCAAAGAAACAUGUACUUUUUAGUUUUUAUUAGUUGAAGAUAGAUUACUUUUGCAUGUAAAUGUUGCAGUCUGUGAAGUGGUAACUCUUACUCUGGUAGAAGCAGCUAAGCAAUCUUCUGAAGGUCCUGACAGCUCAGCAGCUAUUAAUAAACUAUCACUUCUGGUGCUUUAGUUUCCUUUUAUGAAACAUCUUAAAGCUUGCUAUCGUGAUUCAGAGGAACACUGGGUAAAGCAGGAAGAGGAGGUCUGAUAUAACUAGAACCUGUAUUUGAUUUGAAAACAGAACUGUUACACCCAUGACUUAGAUUUAAAUCUAAUGCUCAGCUCUUUCCAAGAAAUUUGCAUAAAUAAUUCCUAAAAAACUAAAUGCCC